AUGCACCACUGCGCGUGCUUCGCCCCCCCCGAGGGGGCAGGCAAAGGGGCAGGCGAGGGGGCAGGCGAAGGGGCAGCGGCGCGGGCCUGGCGACUGUUCGUGUCCAAACCCGCACAGAAGAAAGCCAACCAACUGAAGACCAAAAUUGUGGUGAACAAAAAAAAAAAGGAAGAAAAUGUGAAAAGAAAAAUAGGCAAAAGUGUGGAAUUUAAAAGUUCUGCGAAAUACAAACUGAUUGAGGAUCUGCUGGAAGGCUACCCAUACACAUCGCUACCAGUACCAGCGCAGAGUAUACAGAGGGAGCCUUUCAUGUUGCUCAAGGGGAGAGUGAAAGGACAGUUCCUAAACGGAAUGGAGUUACCCUUCGGUCUAAUAGACCCCAUAAAAUACGAAUUAUUAAAACUAAUUGGGAGGUUGGGAGACCCGUUUAAGAACCUAUGCUCUCACUCGCUAACGCCGAGACUGCUAAUCGACUCUCUUUUUAAAAACCAAGCGGAAAUAACAUUCGACGAGCUGUGCUAUAGGCUAGAAUACAAAAGGAAGUUUCUAAUGCCCUCAUACACGGACGUCUUUUUGUAUGAGAAGGAACUCCUGUGGCAGCAGUGGAUAGCGGUGCGCAAUUUGAAGGAGGUAUCCCCUGAAACGCCAGAAAACGAUCAUGAGCGUGUGCAUAAGAUUUUACAAGCAGAUGAGACCACCAUGCCGAUCGUCAUGAUACGAGUCAACAGAGAGAUAAGCAACCAGGGGGUCCACCCAGCCAUUCUUAAAAUGUUCUUCAAUUUCUUAAAUGUAGAAAAGCGCCCUGGUACACUCAAUCGGGACUAUGCUCUCCUAAAAUUAGAAUCCAUUAUGAGGAAGCUUAAAAAUAGGGACUUUCUCGAAGGGAUCAAACCAGAUUACAUCUACUUUAUGUUAAAUGAACAAGCGAAGGAUGCCUUUGCCUCCUAUAACCAGAGUGAGUUUGACCGGAGCUACCAAGAGGCACUCAACCACAACAGCCUCAAACAGAAUCUGCUUUCGCAAAACGCCACCUAUAAAAAGGAGAGACGGAUCUUCUCUGAGAGAACCAAAAAAGCCCUCAUGAAAUUUUAUGAAAUCCAACCGCCUUCCUUCUUUAAAGAAUAUGUAAAGAAGAAGGAGGCGAACUACCAGGUCAUCCACUCUAAGAUCAACCGAAUGAUCACUAGCAAGUACCUCCAGCGGAAGCGCCGUCGCGAGGACAUCCUCGCCGGCCGCCUCACUCCCCAGGAGUCGCCCCCGGCGGAUGGCGCUCCCGCCGAGGAGGCGCAGCCCCGCAGGAAGAAAAAGAAGAAGAAGCGGAAGUGA